UUGUCUCUUCUCUUUCAUUUCUCUCUUUCACCAGUAAUGGCAAAACUCUCUCGACGGAACAAGAAGAUCACUGAAGACGAAGCUAUCGAUAAAACAGCAACUGCUUCUACGCCCGUCGUCUUUAAAUCCAGACGCAAACGGAAGUCACCGACCCAAAACACUCCUCCACAACGCAGCUCCUCCUACAGAGGCGUGACAAGGCAUAGAUGGACAGGGAGAUACGAAGCGCAUUUGUGGGAUAAGAACAGCUGGAACGAGUCGCAGACCAAGAAAGGACGUCAAGGGGCGUAUGACGAAGAAGCAGCAGCAGCACGUGCCUACGACUUAGCAGCACUGAAGUAUUGGGGAAGAGACACACUCUUGAACUUCCCUUUGUCUACCUAUGAAGAAGACGUCAAAGAAAUGGAAGGUAAUUCCAAGGAAGAGUACAUAGGAUCUUUGAGGAGGAAAAGUAGUGGGUUUUCUCGUGGUGUUUCAAAAUACAGAGGCGUUGCAAGGCAUCACCAUAAUGGGAGAUGGGAAGCUCGGAUUGGAAGGGUGUUCGGUAAUAAAUAUCUAUACCUUGGAACAUACGCUACUCAAGAAGAAGCAGCCAGAGCAUAUGACAUCGCAGCAAUAGAGUACCGUGGACUUAACGCCGUUACCAACUUCGACGUCAGCUGUUAUCUAGACUUACCGGCAUCGAAGAAACUCAUCGCCGCCGCAAGUCCAGAAUCAGCAAAUGAUCAAACUUCGUCGGAUGAUAACAAUUUUACGAAAACAGAGGAGAUAAUCGAACCGUCUACGCCGCCGGAAGCUAUUCAAUCUCGCCGGAGCUUUCCGGACGACAUACAGACGUAUUUUGAGUGUCAGGAUUCCGGCAAGUUAGCUACGGAGGAAGAUGUUAUGUUCAGUGGUUUUAAUUCUUUCAUAAGCCCUGGUUUAUGUAACGAGUUUGAUUAUUGGUCUUGAUCGUCUGUUAUUAUAUGCAUGAAAAAAUAAUUUCUUGGCGGUAAAGUUACCCAUUUAUAAAAACACAAACACACUACUCAU